AUGGCGGACGAACUGGAUGCCGAGCUGCUCGCGCUGGCAGGUGACUCCUCAGACGAGGAGUCAUCACCUCCCCCCAAGCAGAAGUCUGAAUCUCCUGCUCCUUCAGCAUCUCCAUCAUCCAGCAUGGCCCGCAAAGGAGUCGCUAAACCGGUUCGUCGGAACAAGAAAUCACGCAGGGACGAUGAGGAGGAUGGAGAAGUGUCUGACGCUGGAUCUCACCACUCACUCGAAUCUGCUAGCAUGUCAGAAUCCGAGGCUGCCUCUGACUCCGAAGGAUCUAGCGAAGGAGGCGACGAGGAUCGCCCCAUCUUUCCCUACGAGAAGCUCUAUUACUCUGCGAAAGACAAGGAAGAGAUCAUGGCAAUGCCGGAAAUUCAACGUGAACAGAUCCUUUCGGAACGAGCGCAAGAGGUUGAUCGACGCAAUCAAGAUCUCGCACUUCGUCGUCUUCUCGCAUCUCGUGAGCGCGACGAAGCUCGUCGAGUGAAAAAGUCCAAGCGAAAGGCUAGUGUGGCGGAUCUGGAAGAGGGUCAACGCAAGAGCUCGCGACAGAAGACUACACUUGGCGGUCGCAAGGUCGGGGAGGCCUCCGAGGCCAUCGAGGCAUACAAGCGACAGCGGGAAAAGAAGGGCAAACGUGAUGAGCUCCGUCGUCGCGAGACCGCCACUGGGGACCAGGCUACACCAAAGGAUGAAGGACCCUCGGACAAGGAUGCAGAUGGGGAAAGCGAGGUAGAAUGGGACAAUCGCGAGCGCUCACCAUCGCUUCCCAAGGAUGACCCACCAGCGGAAUUGCGUGAUAUUCAACGUGCCCGAGUGGGACGUACCAACUUCGCUCAAGUUUGUUUCUAUCCAAGAUUCGACGAGUGCAUUUCCGGUUGCUAUGCGCGAGUCAACAUUGGCCCCAAUAGGGACUCUGGCAACAAUGAAUAUCGGCUGUGCUUGAUCAAGAGAUUCACCGUAGGACGACCCUACGCUAUGGAAGGCCCGAAUGGCCGUUCAUUCGUGACGAAUCAAUAUGCUGUACUGGCGCAUGGCAAGGCGGAGCGCGAGUUUCCCUUCGUCGCCUGUUCGGAUUCGCCUUUCACCGAGGCCGAAUUCAGCCGCUAUCGUCAAACAAUGGCCGUUGAAGACUGCAAGAUCGCUACCAAGUCAACGUUGGCCGAAAAGGUGGCGGAUAUCAAUCGCUUGCUCAAUCACCAAUUCACCAAGGAGGAGCUGAACGAGAAGUUGCGCAAGCAGGGCUCACUGGACAACAAGAUGCGCACAUUCAAGCGAUUAGAGACUGAGAAGCAGUUGAAGUUGGCCAGAGCUGCCGGGGAUGAUGAAGAGGUAUCCAAACUGGAGAAGGAGCUGGCCGAGCUGGCAGGACCCAAGCUGGCCGUUAGUUCCCACAACGCGAGACCCCGCUCCAAGAAACCGUCGGAUUACGAACGGCUUGCCGAGUUGAAUUUUCGCAAUCAGAAACUCAAUACUGAGAGUGUGCGACGUGCCCAAUUGGAGGAAAGACGGGCUAAUCGCAAAGCAGCUGCAGCUGUCGCCCGUGGUGAAGCACAGGCUAACCCGUUUAUGCGUGUUCGCACCCUUGCGAGAACCCACUACGAUGCGAACGGGAACAGCCUGACGCCAGAUUCGACUGCCAGCCGAAAUGAGACUCCUGCUACAGCAUCAGAGACGCCUUCGAAGGCGGGGACUCCAAAACCUACUGGGCAUGUCCAGAAGAAGCAAUCCAAGGGGGGCGUUGCCACGAUCCGCCAUCGGAACAUGGACGAUGAGAAUAUCGCGGCUCUAGAUUUGGAUAUUGACAUCGAAAUAUGA